AACACCGUUAAAGGUAUAUAAUUAUCUAAUUUUUAGUCAUUGAUAUGUUUAAAUGAAACAUUCAGCUAUACUGAUAACUACUCUACUGAAAACUCCUAAAUAUAGCGUAAAGGUAGUUUUAAGCUAAUUAUCUUGUAUACAAAAAUUCUAGGACUUUCCUCUGCUACGGAAGCCUAAUUGGACUCAUAUUUUCUAACAAGAAAUCGUAGAAUCUUACAAAUGUGUAAAGGAAUUAAAUUUACGUAUUUCGCAAAUUACUUUUUAUUAUUUUUACGUUUUGGUCCCACGUCCGUAUCCAUGGCAACAGCUUCUGUCGUUGUUCUUUUCAAGAUGGCGGAGCAGGAGUCUUCAUCCACAGCGUUGCCUGUUGCUACUGAACCUAAAAAAAGACGAGCACCUAAAGCUCCAGAACUUCCUAUAGUCGAAAGAAGAAACUGGCUCAUCCACCAACACUACAUCCGCAAAGACUAUGAAACUUGUAAGGUGUUUAUCAAAGAACAGCUACAGGAGACUAAUGGAAUGUGUGAAUACGCCAUAUAUGUUCAAGCAUUAAUCUUGCGUCUGGAGGGAAAGAUCCAACAGUCCCUGGAGCUGUUCCAGAGCUGUGCCAUCCUCAAUCCCAGCAGCACUGACAAUCUGAAGCAAGUGGCUCGAUCCUUAUUUCUCCUGGGGAAACACAAAGCAGCCGUUGAAUUCUAUCACGAAGCUGCAAGACUCAGUGAAAAAGACUGGGAGAUUAAUCAUAAUCUGGGAGUUUGCUGUUUCUUCAUCAAAAACUUUAAACAUGCAGAGGAGCACCUUAACACUGCCCUGCAGAUAAAUAAACACCACAAAACCUUCAUGAUGCUUGGAAAAGUCCAUCUACUGACUGGAGACACUGACAAGGCCAUCGACGUGUAUAAGAGAGCAGUGGAAAACUUCCCAGAGAACACAGAGCUUCUCACCACUCUGGGCCUACUGUAUUUACAGCUUGGGAAAUACCAGAAAGCUUUUGAACACCUCGGAAAUGCCCUCACUUAUGACCCCAAUAAUUAUAAGGCCAUUCUGGCUGCAGGCAGUAUGAUGCAGACCCACGGUGACUUUGAUGUGGCCAUGAACAAGUACCGAGUGGCAGCGUGUGCAGUUCCUGAGAGCCCCCCUCUGUGGAACAACAUCGGCAUGUGCUUCUUUGGGAAAAAGAAAUAUGUUGCUGCCAUCAGUUGUCUGAAACGCGCUCACUACUUGUCUCCGUUUGACUGGAAAGUGUUGUACAACCUUGGUCUGGUGCACUUGACCAUGCAGCAGUACGCUUCUGCUUUCCACUUCCUCAGCGCUGCUAUCAACCUGAACUCACGGAUGGGGGAGCUGUACAUGCUGCUGGCAGUGGCUCUGACUAAUUUGGAAGAUGGUGAAAAUGCAACCAGAGCCUAUGAACAGGCUGUGAUGCUGGACGAAUCCAACCCACUGGUUAACCUGAACUUUUCAAUAUUCCUCUACAAUCACGGCGACAAAAAGGCAGCUCUGGAUCAGUACCAGGAGAUGGAAAGAAAAGUCAACCUGCUCCAAGACAGCAGCAGCAGCGCUGAGUUUGACCCAGAGCUGAUGGACAUGGCUCAGAAGAUGAGAGCUGCCUUGCAGGUGGCUGACAAUGUGGUGUGGACUAAACCAGGCAAAGACUCCAAAUCUAAACCAAACUCGGCAGCAGCCACCAAAACACCAGGUGCCCCCCUGGGGUCUAACCAAGCCCUGGGUCAGGCCAUGUCUUCUGCUGUGAGCUACAACAAGAACAUCCAGCUACCGACAGGCGCCUCAUCUCCUGACCAGGAACCUGAUGUGGACAAAGCCCCCAGUCCACCCAGAGAUCCUCCAGGUUCCCCUGUACCUGUACAGACAGACAAACCCAGAAGCUCCAAGAAGAAAACUAAGAUACUGUUUACUUCGAGCUUCGCCGCCCAAUUCCCCCUCCGUCGGCUUCACUGGUGGAGGCAGCUCAAAGGCAUCCUGCUGGCAUCUCGGCAGAGCAGCUUUAUCUGUGUUCCCUGCUUUUCCAGCAUGUUCUCCAGCAGCCUUCUCUGCUCGUGCCACCCUGAUGUGCCAGCCAGAAGCUUCAAGUCACAAACUGAAGCUCCGAGCUGAGAGGCUCAUUCAUCUGAGCAUCACUAUCAGCUCACCCAACAAUGGCUCACUCUUUCAUUUUCCACAUCACUCUAUAUGCAUGUAAAUUAAUGUGAAUAAAGAAGUGUGGGACUGGUUGUUCUGCCGACACCGUGGGGAACCAACGUCUUCACAGACACACUUUGAAAAAGAUGCAUGGACUAACCCUUAGCCCCACAGCUGUCGACAAUAACUGACAGGAACAAAUGCACGCAGCUCAAAAGAGAGACGAAAUAUGAGUGGAGUUUGUCAUAUUUUUAAAUAAUCAAAUACCUCCUCAUUUAAGACUUUAUUCUCAAAUAUGUUUUUGUUUAAAAAUUGCUAAACAGAUUUUUAUUGAACCUGAAAAUGUGCAGAUAACAGUAGGUAACAAGCAUUUUCCUAUUCAUUUUUCAACAGACAUUUACAUCUUUUUUACGUCUUUUCCGACCACCAUCUUGCAACAAUCCUUUUAGCUUGCUUCCUAAACUGUCCCCAAAUACCCCUCACCUUGACCUCAUCUCUUAACCUGCCCUUUUGCCAGUGCAAAAAGCUCAAAGCUGAUUGUGGAAGAAACCCAAUUCCUGACAUGAACUGAUCUAUACUCACUGUCUACAUAUACAGUAUGUGAUGCACCGCCCUCACAUCCUUCACAGCCGCUCCGCUACAGAGUGUUAACUGCAUGGCAUCAAAUUCCUAUUGUAGUCAGCUUUUAUGUCCUGUCUACUUUGGGCCUGCACUAAAUUAAAUGUUGACAAUCCUGUAAAAUCCUUUUUUCUCAUAUGUUAUUUCUACACAACCUCCUGAUGUCCUUUCAGAUUACGCACAUGAACAGAUUAAAUUGCUGAUCGCGGCUCCUUCUCCUCCUUGGCAGUCUGUUUAAUCAGUACUUCCU